UGUCCAUCUACUGUACUAGCCUCAGUAAUUAUCGAAUUCCACCUUCAGAAGCAUUGUGCAGCAAGUCAACCACUUAACAAGGUGGCAAGUCAAAAAAUGUUGCGUCACCUCUUGCCAGGCAAAUUCAUUCACUCAAUAGCAAACUGCAACUAUACAUCUUCGCUUUCGUCAG